CGUCUAAAUGUAUCCCUUCUUGCAACGAGUCAUUCAACAAAAAUGAGCAGCAUGGUCAUCCGCUCUGGGUCACUAUUGGGCUGCCACUUCGCCCCGUUACGCGCCGUCAAGAGCCUCAAGGGCAAGUCGAAUGCCAGCGCGCGCUGGGUGCGUCGACAGUGGAGCGAUCCCGUUGUGAAGCAGGCCAAACGCGAGGGUCUCCGCUCCCGAGCAGCCUUCAAACUACGCGAGCUCAACGACCGCUUCCAGCUACUGCGUCGAGGCGAUUUGGUUCUGGACUUGGGUGCAGCUCCCGGCGGCUGGACACAAGUGGCGGUGGAGGCCACAGCUCCAAAAAGCCAAAAGUCCGACGGCCCACCGCGUGUUGUGGCCGUGGAUCUCUUGCAUUUUGACCCCAUCGAAGGCGCGUCCAUCGUAGUGGGGGAUUUCCGUCAGGCUGCAGUCCGCAAACAACUGAGCGAGGCCUUACGAGGCCGCAAAGCCGACGUGGUACUCAGCGACAUGGCCCCGUCAUUCUCGGGCAAUUUCCUCACGGACAGUCAGCACCAAUUGCGACUUUGCCACAACGCACUCAAGAUGGCAGAACUUUAUUUGCGUCCAGGAGGCAACUUUGCCACGAAAAUCCUGCGUUGUGAUGGCUCCGAGGAGUUCCGAGCAGACUUAAAGGCAAGUUUUGACGUGGUUAAAGCCAUGAAGCCCCAGUCGUCACGGCCAGAGUCGACGGAAAUGUUCCUGGUUGCCAAAGGGUUUAAAGGCUUGCAACAAACGGAAACGUAAAACCCUUUUUCACAUCUCGUCUAUUCAAAUUGUCAUGUUAUGAAAAAAAAAA